GCAAUAAAAUAACAAUAGUAAAAACUCAUCCACUAUUAGCAUAUUUUCAAUAACUGAGAAAAAAAAUUAAAGCAAAAAUUCCCCAAAAUCUCGAAAAAUUCCGUUCCAGAAAAAUCUCAUUUUCUAGCGUUUCAGAAAUUCCUGCCAAAAAUUCCAUGAUUGCUUUGAUGAGUGUGGGGAUGGAGUGACAAGUGGCGAAAUCUAGAGCGUCAAUGAUGAGUAGUAUGAAGAGCUCGGUAGCUCUGGAGUGGAAGUUCUCGCAGGUUUUCGGGGAACGGACGCCUGGAGAGGAAAUUGAAUACGGUGAUAUUAUUUCUGCAAUUGAUUUCGAGAAAAAAGGCAAGUAUCUAGCUGCUGGGGAUAAUGCUGGUCGUGUUGUCCUUUUCGAACAGACGGAUGGGAAAGAUCCCCGUUCUUGGAAAGAGUUGGAGCACUCAGAUUAUCCUGUCACUUGGCAUCCGGAAUACCGUUUCAAGACCGAGUUUCAGAGCCAUGAUCCAGAGGUUGAUUAUAUGAUGAAUUUAGAAAUUGAAGGGAAGAUCAACAAAGUAAGAUGGUGUGCUACGCCUAAUGAUUCUGCCUUCAUUCUAUCAGCAAAUGACAGGACGAUUAAACUGUGGAAGGUUGUGGAUCGGAAGGUGAAGAAAGUUAAAGAAAUGGAACAUCCAUCUGUAUGCUCAGAAAAUGCACUUCUGUCAGAGAAAAGUUUCAUGACUGGGGAGACUGAACCCUCCAUCCCUAACGGCUACCGUCUGGAGUGGACAAAUAAAGUGCCCAAGAAGGAAGUCCCACCACAUCAGGAAGCUCUCGCCAUGAUAUCUAGAAUUGGAGAGGCUGCCCCUGCAAGAUGUCGGAAGGUGUACGCUCAUGCUCAUGAUUAUAAUAUCAACUCUAUCUCAACCAACAGUGAUGGUGAGACAUUCAUGUCUGCCGAUGACCUUAGAAUAAACUUGUGGAAUUUGGAGAUCAGUGAUCAAUGCUUCAACAUCAUUGACAUGAAGCCGUCCAACAUUGAGGAUCUCACAGAGAUUAUAACAUCAGCUGAGUUCCAUCCAGUCUACUGUAAUCUCCUAGCUUACAGCAGCACGAGAGGUUUCAUCCGGUUAGUUGACAUGCGGCAAUCAGCAUUAUGCGACCAACCUGCAAGGAUAUUACACGACCAUGAAGGCCAUGGAUCUCGAUCAAUUUUUACAGAGAUAAUUGCUUCUAUCUCUGAUAUGAAGUUUGCAAGAGAAGGAAGACACAUCUUAAGUCGUGAUUACAUGAAUAUCAAGCUGUGGGACUUGCAUAUGGAAGGUUCCCCUGUUGCAACUUUUAAGAUCCACGAGUAUCUCCGACCUAAGUUGUCUGAUUUGUAUAACAACGAUGCAAUUUUCGACAAAUUUGAAUGCUGCGUAAGUGGGGAUGGGCUUCAUUUCGCAAGCGGGUCGUAUAGCAAUCUCUUUCGAAUUUUCUCUCUUGGUGCUGGAAGCAAGGAGGGAAUCACAUUGGAAGCUAGCAAAAAUCCAAACAGGAAGCAGCUUCCCCAGACAGUGAAAGCCACACGACUGCUGAGAAGCUUCACUCGUGGACAAUCCCAAACAGGACAUGACGGUUCAAGCUCCGACAGCAACAGUUUUCCAUGUGACUUGAACUCGAAGUUGCUACAUAUGGCAUGGCAUCCAACUACAAACUUAAUUGCUUGUGCAGCGGGAAAUAGCUUGUACUUACACCAUGCAUAGAUCUUCUGCCAUUCUCUAUCCAAUUUCAGAAGAUCCCAUAAGAAAAAUGGGAGUUGCAGAUUUGUCAGUUCAUCUAACAACGAGAGCGACAGCAGGGGAUAGAGAAAUGUUCAAGGAAUGGUUACGGAGAGAAGUUCCUAUUGGAAAUGAAAUGACCACCAUAAAGAGCUUGUUUUGGAUGCUUGCUUCAGUGAAUAGAAGUGAUGGAUUGGGGCUGCAUUUGAGAGAGAGAUUCUUUGCAAGUGUAUAAUUAGGGCUGAGCAUCCCAAAUAAUAUUCUUUUUUGAGCCUCAUUUCAUGCCUUACUGUUUGGAAGGGUCACAUGAAUAAACAUAUGUAUAUAAUGCACAUGCAUGGAUGGAUGUGAGGUUCUGCGUUUUGAAGCUGACCAAGCCAGGGCUAGCCCUGUAAGGAAAAUAGUUAAAAUGACCAAGAGUUUAAAACCAA